AUGCUAACAACACAAGUGGGAGUUUCAUGCGGGCGACAGUCGCCAAAUUCACCGCGGGUUUCAAAAACAUCACUUACUGACACUCCUUCAUCAGCUUCUGGAACAAUGACGCCACCAUUUGCGUGUUACAAUCGACCUGCUGGGGGGAAUCGCGUGAGAGGGGAGAAGUUAGUACGACACAUGGAGUCCUCACCAGAACUCAGCUCGGAGAAGAGGCAGAUGGCGUCAGGAAGUGUGGCUCUAUUGGCAAAUGGGAAGGGAAAUUCCACAGAAGCCUUGGAUAAGAACGGCGAUAGGACCAAUCACAGAUGUGUCGAAGAAGAUGUUGAAGCUCGGUUACCACUCAGCAUGCAUAAAAAUAGUGUUCGUGAUUCAACUCCAAAAUCAGGUUUCGCACCCUCGGUCCUCUCUGGAAAGGAGAAGCUUUGGCCGCACUCCAUUUGUUGUCUUAGCGCCUCGGAUUCUCGCAGUUGCUUGUUAAAAGUUCUAGGUCGUUUUGUUCGCAUGAACCAUGAACACCGUCGACAGUGGGCUGACUGGUACUUUGAGGAUCAGGAAGAGUACUUUUUUGAAAGAGUACCGAGGUACUUCGAUCCAAUCUACGACUUUUAUGCUACGGGGAAACUUCAUGUGCCUAAGGACCUUUGCUUUGACAAAUUCAUGGCCGAACUUCGGUUUUGGGCUGUCAGCAAAUCAAGGAUGGAUGAGUGUUGUUCGCCGUUCACGCAAUACUGUGUGAAUUAUGAUAAACGCGGAACAGGGAAAACCUGCGACCCAAUGUGGUGUGAAACAAUCUUAUCUAAAUUCCCUGAAGACAUCAUAAAAUCUAUAUUAGUGGCCAGUCAAUCACAAGACCGGCAAACAGUUGAUGACCUCAUGAAUCUCUUAAAAACAGAGAUCACUGCAAAAGCCUACGUCGAAAGCAGACUUGGCCAUAAACAUAUCAACAAGGCCAUCCCAUCAAAGACCAAUCAUGACAACUUAAGGACUAAUCGUAACUGCUUGUUCUGUCAUAAGGACAAUCAUGUAUCAAUGCAGUGCCGAACGGUCACGGAUCAAAGCAUUCGCCGCAAGAUGCUUAAGGAGCAGAAUCGCUGUUGGAAAUGUUGCUCCCCUAAUCAUAGCAGCUUUGAUUGCCAAAGAUCAGACUGUCUAAAGUGCGGACAAAAACACCAUAUGAGCCUCUGCUUUAAGACAGAGCAACUCAGCCAAAACAACAGCUCGAAACCCAAAUUUGUUCGUGUUGGCCAAAACCAGCAAAGGCAACACAGCUGGCAAAAUAGAGAAGAAAACAAUCGAAAUAUUCCACAAAGGUUCAAACCAAUAAACACUCAGGUGUCUGUGGAACCUCCACAGAUCAAGGAAAACUCCAUUCAGCACAGUCAAACUAGCAAACAAUUAAUAUUAAUGACUGCUGAAGGCAAUAUUUGGAAUGCCAGAAAACAAACAUAUGAAAAAGUGCUAUUUUUCUUCGACUCUGGGGCACAAAAAACAGUAAUCGAAGAAAAUCUUGCACAACAGCUCGGUCUACCCAAGAACACGACCGAAAUCUGCACCAUAACCGGAAUUGGCGGCCAUAUCGAGUGCUUCGAAAGUCAUAAGGUUCCAGUAAAACUAGGAACUGCUUUCGGAGAAGAAAUUUGCAUGACCAUACAGACCAAACCAGUCAUAACAAACGGAUUCCCUUCAGUGAAAUUGAACACAGAAGAUAUUGAGUUCUUGAAAACAAACACUAUCUGUCUAGCAAAUUCAAAGCUUCGUGGUGAACAUCAAAAUCCACACAUUCUUGUUGGACUGGACUACUACCACGAUUUAGUUACGGAUCCAGCAAACGGAAUCCGAACACCAUCUGGCUUUCAUAUAGCAAAAACGGUUUUUGGACCCACAAUUUAUGGUCGAGGAAUCAGCAAAGAAAAAGACCACUUCAUUGGAGUCCGAUGCGCAAACGUAAGGCGGAGACUUUGGCUCAUCCUCGAAGGACAUACGCAUUCGCGAUGGUGGAAGGCAUUCGAGGUCGUUUCCACAGCGUUUGUAGUGCUCUCAAUCUCUGCGCUAAUUCUCGGGUCGUUACCAGAGUUUCAAGUUCCACAAAAGACUGAAGAUGGACAACUGUUGGUACGGAGUAACGCCAGCUUUGCUGUGAUCUCCUUAUGCAUAAAUGUAAAUACUUACUUACUUACUUAG